AUGCUACCCAAAGGUAGUUUUGAGGGAAAGGUGGCUUUAGUAACAGGCGGCGGUACUGGGUUGGGUAAGGGUAUCGCUACUAAAUUAUCGGAUCUAGGAGCUACUGUCGCCAUCAUGAGCCGCAAGAAAGGCGUCGUCGAUUUGGCGGCGAGUGAAAUUCAGAAGAUUACGGGUAAUACAGUGUUACCACUCACGGGUGACGUCCGUGAUCCUGAGCAGGUCAAGAGGGCGUUAGACGAACUGGAUGAUCAGGCCGGCGUCCCUACCAUCGUUGUCAACAACGCAGCGGGUAAUUUCAUUUCGCCUUUUGAAAGGCUAAAUGCCAAAGGCUUUGGAACUAUUGUUGAUAUUGUACUCAAGGGUACGGCUAAUGUAACACUGGAUGCUGGUAAACGCAUGAUUCAGCACGAGAAAGGAGGCGUCUUUCUUAACAUUACAACCACAUACGCCGAGACAGGUUCAGGCUAUGUCGUACCCUCUGCUGCAGCGAAGGCUGGUGUCAGUGCUAUGAUUAAGUCACUGGCAGUGGAAUGGGGCAAGUACGGCAUUCGCUUUGUGGGUAUUGCUCCUGGUCCGAUUAAGACAAAAGGCGCUUUUGAUCGACUUGAUCCAUCAGGAGCUUUUGAGGAAGUAAUGAUUCAAAACAACCCUCUAAAACGCUUUGGUGAGGUGGAUGAGCUGGCGAAUUUGGCGUCCUACAUGACGAGCGAUUACGCCAGUUGGCUCAAUGGUGAGAUCAUUCGAUUUGAUGGUGGAGAGACAGUGUCGAACGCUGGUGAAUUCAACAUGUUCGGUGGAAUCAGCCAGGAAAAGUGGGAUGAUCUCGAGUCCAUUAUUCGCAACUCAAACGCUGAAAGCAAGAAAUAG